AUGGACAAUGUCGAUGAUUCCUACUGCGGUGAAUCGCUCAUGGGCGUGGCUAUCGCCAUGGCUGUUGUCCAGAUAGUGAUCGUGGUUGCUCGAUUCUACACCCGAUACAUGCAGAGAGUGGCAUGCGCUCUGGAUGACUAUCUAAUCGUGCCAGCCCUGGUGGUGAGUCUUGGGCAAUCGGCCUUAUAUAUUGUUUUGCUCAAGGUUGGGGGUCUGGGAUAUCACUUGGAGUAUGUCUUGCAGACACCACAAAAAUUGGGACUGUAUGCAAACCAGAUACUUGAUUUUCCGUUUGCCGUAACGCCAGCAAAGAUUUCAAUCCUCCUGUUUUAUGUCCGCAUCUUCAACACCUUCAAGUUCCGAAUGUUUGCAUACGCGGUUGGUCUUAUCGUCCUUGGUCACGGCAUCGGUGUCUUCUUUGCCGCCAUCUUUCAAUGUUCCCCGAUCGCAUAUACCUGGGAUAAAACCAUUCAAGGGGGAACAUGUUUUGACCAACAAGCGUUUUACCGAUACGUCUCACCCCCAAACAUUCUGACCGACGUUUUGAUCCUUGUGAUGCCUAUGCCGUUUGUCUGGAAACUCCAUACUCGGACGGGACAGAAACUGGCGUUGACAGGAGUCUUCUUGCUCGGAGGAUUGGGCACCGUGGCGAGUGUUUUGCGCAUGACCGUCUUUUUCCAGGAGAAUGCGCUCACCGACCCAACCUGGGCAUCAGUCAACCUAGGCAUCUGGACCGUUUUGGAAGGGGCCAUCAUCAUCAUCGCCGCAUGCCUGCCUUCGAUCUGGCCGUUGAUCGUACGAAUCCUGCCCAAUCAGCUGAUGAGCAAGCAUUCAUCUAAAAACCGGCAACGGCAUCGAUACACGACCAGUCAACCGAAGCCCAAAGGAGUCGUCGGAUUUGCACGAUGGGGCGACAGUGCCGAGACCGAUAAAUGGCCUCUAGACGUGAAUCCAUCAUCACAAGAAACUCAAAGCGUGUCUCCGGACGAUCAUCCAGAGAGCAUCUCUAUGCGGAGCGUGGAUGCACACCGACAAGUAUAA